ACAGUAUCAAAUCGGAUCGCUUCACCGUGGUGUUUUCCACGAUUACUUUUGUUCUAAGUUUCAUAAAUAGUUAUUCAUUAUUUCAGUUUCGCAGCUACAAUGGCUUUUGAUAAAAUCACAGAUUUCGCAGCUGUUAUUUCAGCGAGUAUAACGAAUUAUUGAAAAAAUGUUCAGUAUAGCUCGAGAGCGAAGUCGGAACGAAAUACUCGGUGCAAGGAUCAAGAGAAAAUGUUUUUCUUGUUGCUCAGUUUUUGUGCGCUACGGUGGUGCGUAGUGCAGGCUCACCUCGACUUGGUGCUCGAAGAUGCCGAGUGUAUAUAUGCUAACGCCGAGUACGUAAAAGAAGAUUCAUGCAUUUUGGAAGUGAACGACGAUAGCGAAUACGGGUCUAGCGUGUCCUCGCAUAUAGAGAUCAUUAAACGAUUGCCUGACGAUAUUAAAGCACGAGGAAAUAUAAACGGACUUCACAUGGGCGAAUACACGAACGACGUUGGGAUCCAUAUAGACACGAACCUUUGCGAAUUGAUAAAAUCGGGCAAGGAGAACAUAGCAACUUCCAUGUUAAGAGUGAUAGAUCUGAGCAGCAAUGAUUGUCCCCUCGGACCGGGUGUCUACGGAAAAGACAAAUACGUUAUCGAUAAUUUCGAAGGUCUGCCAAACACGUUCCCCUCCGGCAAGUAUUUAAUAAACGUUACCUUGGCGAAAGACGAAGAUCUGUUACUACAUUACCAGGCUUUUGUAGCAAUUAUUUGAUUAACGUUGUGAUUAAUUAUCGUAUUCAUUAAUAGAAUGUAUCUAUACGUAAAUACUAGAAAAAUAAAUAUAAAUCUGCAAGUAUAAAGCACGGUUUGUCGCGUUAUAUCUAAUCCUCCACGUAAUCGUUACCGUAAUAUUUACGAGUUAAUUAUUUAACUUAACGAAAAUGUAAUUCAUCCAUAGGUCUAAUUUUGCUUCACACUCUACAUAAAUAAAUACAGAGAAUAAAGUAUA